ACUUAAAAUAUGUUCGGCUUAACUUUCCGUCGAUUUGUUGGAGUUCCCUCACAAAAACUAAAUCAACUAUUAGUCUCCGGUAACACAUUUGGAAACUUAUAUCAAUUGGCAGCCAUGUCGCAAACUCCUCAAUAUCCGCCAAUUGAAUCAGCCAUGCGCAAAGCUCUGGACACCAAGCUGCAGCCGGUCUACUUAGAGGUUAUCAAUGAGUCGCCACUGCACAAUACUAGACAGGCUGAGUCUCAUUUUCGUGUGUUUGUAGUGUCGGCCAAAUUCGACGAUCUGACCUUAAUCAAGCGUCACCGUCUGGUGAACGACACUAUAAAGAACGCGUUGCAGGAGGCUGGCUUUGAGUUUAUGCACGCGCUCUCCAUUGAAGCUAAGACGCCGAAGCAGUGGGAGCCCGAGCAGGAGCCGGAGAAGAGUCCGCCUUGUUUGGGCGGGUUUGGCAAAUAAAUGAUAUUGCUAUUAGCGUAAAAAUUAGGAUUGAACCAAUUUAUAUUUACAAAUGGAAUACUACUAUGAAAUCAACAAAUAUACACGACAGAGAGGGAAAUGUAAAA